AUGGAGGUGUUCAGCAGACCGUCCACGACCACCAUCCCGCCCCCCGUCACGACCCCCCAGCCGGCCAUCUUCUUCCGAACCGCCACACAGAAAUCGGUGAGGGUCGUCACUUCUUCGUCGGUCGUCCUGCCUUCCUUGUCGUCGUCUCAGGGUUCUUCCGUUCUCUCCGUCGACCUCCCGGAGCUGAAACGACCUCAGAGGCACCAGGAGUCGCAGGCAGCGGUUCAAGACGUUGAUGACAAGGUGCUUCGUCCCCAGCCAUUAGUAUCAGUCCCAGCUAACGAACCGGCGAGGCAACAACAAACCUCAGUGGUUGUGUCUAGUUCCUUAGGCUCCGACGCAGGUUUCGUCCGCACUAACAUCCCGACAGAAGUCCGUGUCAUCGACCACCACAACCCGGCCGAGGCUCCUACAACCCAGAGGCCAGAAGCGACCACCGUCUCCAUCUACGCCCUUGACCCCUUCUACGGAUCGAGACUAUCACGGAUUGAUGUCAUCUUCCAUCAGCUGAACGUGGUUGAGGAGGGAUGCAGGGAACAGAUCGUGUGCAACAUCUACAAGAACCCAAAAGCCUUCACUCCCUUCAGCGACUUCCUUUCUCGCCAGCUCACAGUGAAACUCGAAGAGCUGCAGAGACCGAAAGUCUCCGACGAGAGGAUCCUCCGCUUCUUCCGGUACCUGAAGGCGGCGAAGGAGGGGCAGGACGGCUCUGACUGCCAGGCCAAGUACCCCGAGUGCCUCGUCGACACCACGACCCUCUCGCACCAGCCGAUCAUGAAAGCGUUCGAAAAGGUGUCCAUCUUGAGGAACGCGGCUGGCUAAUGCACGCGGUGUUCGUGGUGUUUAAUGUUUAUGGUGAUGUCUUGUUAUUAUUAUGUUAUUAUCAUUAUUAUUACUCUUUUAAAUGUAUCAUUUGAUGAUUUUGUGCGAUGGUAGAUGUUACCAGUCGAUCCGCAUGUGUGUGUGUGUGUAUCCGAGAGUCGUUCGGGUUCGUGUGGAUGUCCAUGGUCGUUUUUUUUUGUUUUGUUUUGUUUUGUUUUUAUCUGUUUGACUGACUGGGAAUCAGGAUGGGAUGGAAAGUGUUCGUUCGUUCUGGCGGUAGAGAUACGAAACAUUCAUUCCCCGAAGAAGAAUAAACAAGACACCCCUAAGAUAAAGAAAAAAAAAAACAAGUGAUCAGAAACACGCCCAAAAAAGUACAAAAGAAAACUGGAACUCUCAUCUCCGGUGGAUCCCAACAGAUGGCGCGGCGAGAGUUUUACCUGACACCCAAGAUGCUCCCCUUGCCAAGUACGACUUUCUAAACCGGGAAUCAUUACCGGGAGAAGACACGGGGGCGUAAAAUCCACGCCAGCUUGACCGUGCCCCUCCCGGAUGAGAAUCGAGGUCAGGUGCACAGUCCCUUUUUUAUUGUUACUUGUACUCGAGGCAGCUGGAACCGGUGGCUCUGCUGACUGCCUGCCCUACAUACGUCGCCCGGCUGCCUGAGAGUGGAACGCGUUUUUUUUUGUUUUGUUUUUUCUUUCCUUUUUUCAGCUCUUUUUUUCUAAUCUUGUUUUUCUUUUUCCUUUUUUUCUUUUCUUUCUUUCUUCUACUGUACUGAGAUUUGUUUUGUGUUUUUUUAAGGGAUUCUUGCUGGAGAUGAAGGCCACAAGGAUAAAUUUGUUGCCAUUAAUUUGAGUGUCUUUUGUUGUGAACUUACGCAUAAGUUUAUUCCACGACGAGGAAAAGAGAAAACUUACCUUUGCCGAUAUAUCUUCUUAAAAAUUACUAAAGUAUUUCAUCAGUUUACAUAUUAGGAGAGAGAGACUUGUAACCUGUAACGCCCCCACCCCCCCCUUUGCACUCCCAAACGAAAAGUUCAGAACGUUUCUCUCUUGUGCCAAUCCCUUUUUCAUUGGCUACGUUUACCGAAUUACUCUUUUUUUCUCAUAGAAGUUACUUAUACAAAAAAACAGUAUUGCUUCUCACGAAAAAAAAGUAUUUUAUUAAUAUUCUAAAACAAGACGCCAAGACCGAACCUCCAGCACUUUCCAUCCCACGCCAAUAAUGCAAGCUCAAUAUAGAACAUAUAAAUAUAUAUAUAUAAAUAUACCUUAUGACUACGACGGUUCAUAGAACUCUUUAAGGUCAACUCUAAAAGCUAAACGUAUCAAUAUUGACCUUUAUAUAUCUCAGGUUAUUCCUUCGUUCUAUAAUAUUUCUUUCGGCUUUUGAAAUGAUGCGUAAUUUGUACAAUAUUCUGACACAUUUUUUUCCUCCCCUUCGCCUCUUCCAAACUUUCUGAAUAUUGUCUAAAAACCUCAUUACUCUUAUUGUUAUUAUUGUUAUUAUUGCAGUUAUUUAUUGUAAACUUAUUUAAUUAAUUUAUUGGCUACUAAUCUAUGUAUUGUGAUAUCAUACCUAUAAUUAAGAAUUAUCGACGAGAGAUGCUAGUGUGAGACACUGCGCCAGAUUUUGUAAGCGUUUUAAUAAUAAAGCGAACUUCAUA